UUUUCUUCUUCAUCAUGUGCAAUAUGGCCGUGUCCCCGGAUGGCCUCGUCAUAGCCAUUCCACAGCAUCCGUCAUAGCCAUUCCUCAGCACCCGUCCUGGAGCGACGUCCAGAAGCCGGUUCCCAUCCGAAACCGACGGCCGCUAAUACCAAUCCCCCCUGGAUACUGAUGACCCUCGUGGGUCGCCCGUUUCUCUCAUCGGUACCCGUCCCAAGCUGUGUCGCAUCAUACCGGGGCAUGUUUGGUCCACCCCCAACUCUCUACACUCUUACCCUGCCCGAAGGCCGAAACCUUGCGGGGCAAAUGAAAGGUAUAUAAAGGAGCCACUUGGUUCGAGAAAACCCAUGGUCCACAACCUUCGCCUCAUCCCAUCUCCAUCACAUCGCUUUCUACACUCACCACCACUCGUAUAAUCAACCUACACAUCUAGCUAUAUUACCAACCCAGCUAUAAUGUUGUUCAGCACCGCAUCUAUCCUCUCUUUCCUCGCCCUCACCUCCCUCACCUCUGCCUCCCCUCUCCCCAAUGAGCCUCGCGGCCUUGCCAAGCGCGCCACUAACAUGCGCAUCAAGUCCUACCGCGACGGAACCUGCCUCACAGGUGCUGGCGGUAAGUGGGGUAUUGGCACCGCCAUCACUACCGGACUCUGCUCUGAGGCGCCCACUUGGACCAUCAACAACAAUGGUUCGGGAAGCAUCAUCCUUGAGCCUAGCAACACUACUCCUCAGUUGGCAUUGGACGCUGGAACCGGUACCGACAACAACGAGGGUGUCAAGCUCUGGACCUCUUACCCCGGUCUCUUCCAACAGACCUGGUACUACACCGACGACAACCGAAUCGCUAUCACCGGGGGCGACCAAUGCCUUGACCAAGGCGACGACGGACCCCAGACUUACCAGUGCACCACUGGCAAUACCAACCAGAUUUGGUACCUCGAGGCCAACCAGAAUGCUACCGACCCUCUUACUGGGUACCCCAUUACCGCUGCUGCUUAGAUAGCGCACAGUGUGCGGAUUAUGCAAGCUUCUCGAGCCAUGGACAGUUAUUUGCUAGGGGAGAAAGGACAAUUGAAUGUAUGAUCUUGUUGAUAUACUUCGCAUAUCAUAUUCGAUGAAGGGAUGGACGUUUGUGUUCAUGUUGGCAGGGUGGGCGGCACGCGCAAUUGUACACCUCUCCGCCCUCCGACCAUCUUACCGCUUUGACUGAGAAACACAUAAAGUAUAAUUGAUUGCUCUGUAGACUGUAGACCCAUCUAUAGAGGAUGCAUAACAGCACUACUGCAGAUCUA